UCUAGUUGUCGACGGUAGACGCACAGGCGGUCCUGGAAAACAUUCUGAGGGGGGGAAAAGUUGCUUUCUUCUAGUUUAGUUUGAAUAUAUUUGAAUUUGUUCAGUCUAUUGAAGUUCUGCUAAAAUUAUGGCUUCCUCGGAUGUUGCUCGACAGCCGGAUAAAGGAGCCCGGCCCUUGUCCCUAGCUGGCCAUGUAGGCUUUGACAGUCUUCCAGAUCAGCUUGUCAACAAGUCCAUCAGUCAGGGCUUCUGCUUCAAUAUUCUGUGCAUCGGUGAGACCGGUAUCGGCAAGUCUACUUUGAUGGACACACUAUUUAACACCAACUUUGAGAACUUUGAGUCAUCCCACUUUGAACCUCAAGUGAAGCUGCGGGCACAAACUUAUGACCUACAGGAGAGUAACGUCAGGCUUCGUCUCACCGUGGUCAACACUGUUGGCUUUGGGGACCAAAUGAACAAACAAGAAAGCUAUCAGCCAGUGGUGGACUACAUUGACAAGCAAUUUGAGACUUACCUUCAGGAGGAGCUAAAAAUCAAGCGCUCUCUGCACAACUACCACGACUCACGGGUGCACGCCUGUCUGUACUUUAUCUCCCCCUCAGGUCAUUCACUCAAAUCCCUGGACCUUGUAACAAUGAAGAAGCUGGACAGCAAGGUGAACAUAAUUCCAGUCAUUGCCAAGGCUGACACCAUCAGUAAGAGCGAGCUGCACAAAUUCAAGAUCAAAAUCAUGAGCGAACUGGUCAGCAAUGGUGUGCAGAUCUACCAGUUCCCGCUUGACGAUGAAACCGUGGCCAAAGUCAACACCACCAUGAAUGGCCAUCUCCCAUUUGCUGUCGUAGGCAGCACAGAGGAAGUGUGUGUUGGCAAUAAGAUGGUGAAAGCCCGCCAGUAUCCAUGGGGUGUUGUUCAAGUGGAAAACGAACACCAUUGUGACUUUGUGAAGCUGAGGGAGAUGCUCAUUUGUGUAAACAUGGAGGACUUGAGAGAGCAAACCCAUACACGCCAUUAUGAGCUGUACCGGCGAUGCAAAUUAGAGGAAAUGGGGUUUAAGGACACUGACCCUGAGUGCAAACCUGUCAGUUUACAGCAGACGUAUGAGGCCAAGCGCCAGGAGUUCCUGGCUGAGCUGCAGAAAAGAGAGGAUGAGAUGAGGCAAGUUUUUGUGCAGAGGGUGAAGGAGAAGGAAGCAGAGCUGAAGGAGGCUGAGAGGGAGCUGCAGGGUCGUUUUGAGCAGCUGAAGCGCCUGCAUGCAGAUGAGAAAGCAGCUCUGGAGGAGAAGAAGCGUUUUCUGGAAGACGACCUGAGUUCUUUCAGUAAGAGAAAAGCUGCAGCUCAGCUCCUGCAGGCCCAAAGCCUCACGGUCAACGGCAAGAAAGACAAGGACCGGAAGAAUUCUGGCUUCAUGUGAAGACUUAAAAGAUCUGAAGUGCAUAUCAUUAUGACCAGUAUAACCAGUGGCCUUUUGUUCACACUCUUUUUCAGCCAGUCUACAACACUUACUAGAAAACAAACACCACACAGGGCUGUACCAUGUGUUAGCCUGAGUUGCCAAAGUUUAAAGACUGUUUCCAAACGCCAUGUACACUAUCCUCUUAGGUAUUUUUAAUCUCUUUUGUAAGUUUUUGGGGGGAUUUUGUCAUUUAUUAUUUUGUUUGUGUAUUUAUCCUCUUCUUUUUUUAUUUACUUUUGCCAGACUAAAGAAAAACCUUUUUAAAUGUUUACAAAUCACAUCACUUCGACAGGUACAAAUAACAUUUUCCUCUUAUAUAAACUGCUUGCUUAUCCUUCCUCUUUUUCUUCCCCAAAGUGUCCUUUUCAGACCUGCUCUUAGGGUUGUGUGCUUGUUGGUAUAUUUUAAUAAUCCAGCUAAAACUAUUUGAAAACACUGCAACCAGGCCAUUUUUCUUAAGACUUUUUGCUUCUUUUUAUGGAAGGAUUUUAAGCUGAGCUUUACGGAACCAUCGUACAUUUGUAGCUGAAUUUGAUUUCAAAGUAGAUUAAUAGUUGCCAACAAAAUAUAUUCCCCUUAGUCUUUAAAUUGUGUGUUUCAGUCUUUAAAACAAAGGGAAUUAUAUGUCUUUUUCUUGCUUCAAUGACAACCUGCGGCCUUUUGCAACGUUCGUCCUCCUGUAGUCGUUUCCAAAGGCAAGUGCUUGUUCCUGAACUCUUCUGUGCAUUUACAGAUAUUAAGUUUUUUUGACACUAGGAGUGUUAACACUUAUUUUUGGAUUGGGAAGAUGUUACAGGAUCUAUUUAUGAACAUAUUUCUUCUACUCCUCUUUUUUACUAGCACUACAGUGGAUUUUUGCUACAAAUCAUGGGAAAACUAUGCAUUAUAUUUUAUCAAUGUUGAGGGGAAAAAAGUAACAGAAAAAUUGUUUUUCCUCUUGGUCCGUAUUUUGAUUUUACUUAUUUGUGCUGUAAACCUAAAAUAGAACACUAUGGUGCUGGUUUCCAACAAAGUAUAGUUUAUCUCACUUUUACUUAUACUUUUUUGUGAGAGUAGUGCUUAAAAUGUUAGUGCCUUAACUGUAUGAAACUUACAACUACACUACCCACAUGGCCACUUAGUUGUACUACACUUGUUUUAAGGAACAAACAGUAUUAUUUGGAUUUUUUUCCCUUUUUAAAUAAAUUCUUGUAUUUUUGUCAUAA